AUGCAGAAGAACAAUCUUACUUAUAUCCUUCUCCUGGGAUUUCCAAAUCUUCACAGCUUUAAUAUUCUAUUGUUCUUGAUCCUGCUCCUCCUUUACUGUGUCACCAUAUGUGGUAAUGUUGUUAUCAUUGUGUUAGUUUCAGUGAGCAACAAUCUUCACUCUCCAAUGUAUUUCUUCAUCACACAGGUUUCUGUACUAGAUAUUCUACGGAUCACGGACAUUGUACCUAACUUGCUUCACAUUGUCCUGCAUGAUGAUGCCACCAUGUCUCUUGCUGCCUGUUUAUCCCAGAUGAUUGCAUUUGCUAAUAUAGAGACAUCAGAAUGUCUCAUCCUAGCGGUGAUGUCUUAUGACCGAUAUCUGGCUAUCUGUAACCCUCUGCGAUACAAUGCUAUCAUUAACAAAGUGUUUUGCGUGACAUCUCUCAUUGCAUCGUGGUCACUAAGUUUCUUCUCGAUGUUGGAUAGUGAAAUAAAUAUAUGCCAAAUUGACUUCUGUAGGCCAAAUGUUAUUGACCAUUUCUUCUGUGAUUUAUCUCCUGUUCUAGAUCUUUCUUGUUCAGAUACAUCACUUAUUCGAAAUCAAGCAAGUUUACUUGUCUCUUAUUUGUAUAUUAUCACCACCAUCCUAAUCAUCCGCUCCAUCAGUGGGAGACAUAAAGCCUUCUCCACCUGCAGCUCCCACCUGACUGUUGUGUGUAUAUUUUUUGGAAGUCUCCUUUCUAUAUAUCUGGUUCCAGCCACAGGACAAUUAUCAGCAACCAAAAAGACACUAUCACUGCUUUACACUGUGGUGACACCACUGAUUAACUCAUUCAUAUACAGCCUGAGGCAUAAAGACUUCAAGGAAGCUUUUGAAAAAUGUAAAAGAAAAUUAAUAUAA